UUUUGAAGCUGAGGCGCGUGCUAUCAUGUCUGCUGUGUGGAAAUAUUUCAAAGUGAACGACGAGAACGACGCAGUCGCAAACUGUCAGAUAUGUAAAAUUGGGAUAUCGAGGGGUGGUAAGGACAAAGCUGCUUUUAACACAACAAACUUGAUACGGCACUUGAAAAACAAACACCCGACGCAAUAUACAGAGUUUACACAGGCAACCAAGCCGAAGGUUAGCCAGCCCACAGUGGAAGAGGCUUUCAAGAAGCGAGAGAAAAUGCCCCGCGACUGUGAAAAGGCGAAAAAGAUAACAGAAAAGAUAGCCGAGAUGAUAGCAAUGAGUGACCAGCCACUCUCCCUGGUAGACGACCCGGGAUUUGUCAUGCUUAUGGAGUAUGUGGAACCACGAUACGACAUGCCCUCUCGACACUAUUUCUCAGAAAAGGCUCUGCCAGCGCUCCAGAAAAAGAUUAGCGACAAGCUACUUGUCCUAUUGAAAGACGUGCCUGAUGUCGCGUUUACCACAGAUAUCUGGAGUUCGUCUGUGUCUCCGAUGUCACUACUGAGCCUCACUGCGCAAUGGAUCAACUCCAGUUUUGUUUUACGCCGUGCAACUUUGCAUGCCCAGGAAUUCCGUGGAUCCCACACAGCAGAGCGCAUCCAGCAGGCGAUGGAGAAGAUGCUUAACAACUGGGGAAUAGACAAGAACCGAGUUCAUGUCAUUUUGCGCGAUAACGCUGCAAAUAUGAAGAAAGCCAUGCUGGAUAUGGGAGUACAGAGUGUGGGCUGUGUAGCGCAUACAUUCCAACUUGUCGUGCACGAGGGCCUGCUUUCCCAGCGCAGCGUCAUAGACACACUGGCCAACGCGAGGAAGAUUGUAGGCCAUUUCAAGCACUCCCCGCUAGCCUACUUCCGUCUGGAAGACAUCCAGAUGGACUUGAACAUGGAUGUCAAGCGCCUGCAGAAAGAUGUGCAGGUGAGAUUCCUCUUUCCAUUAUUUAUUUUUAUCCAUUAUUACUAUUUUAUCCUAUUAUUUAUUCCCAUGCACUUUUUAGUACUAAAUAAAUACUUUGCUCUGCACCUGGCUUGCCAACACAAUUUCUUUGUCAUAGUCAACGUCAACUUUAUUUAUAAAGCACAUUUAAAAACUACAUCGGUCGACCAAAGUGCUGAACACUAAUAAAAACAAAUAAUAACAACAUAGCCAUAAGAAGACAGAGUCUAUCCAUUGCACAGCCAUAAUACUACUCUGCACAAAAAUAAAGUGAAUGAAAGCACACUCUUAAUGAUAUUUUAUAUUUAUUAUGUGCAGACGAGAUGGAACAGCAGCCUCUACAUGCUGCAGAGUCUGUUGGAACAAAAACGGGCCCUCAGUGUGUAUGCUGCUGAACGCACUCUACCAGCGACACUGACAGUCAACCAGUGGGAGCUGAUGACGAAGACAGCAGAGGUGCUUGUUCCCUUUGAAGAGCUGACCAGGGAUGUGAGCAGAGAGACUGCAUCUGCAGCUGAUGUGUUGCCUGCCAUUACAGUCCUCAGACGUGUUCUGUCUCGAGAGGAAGAGCAUGACCAGGGAAUCAGGACCAUGAAGAGGACUCUCCUGGAGGCAGUGGAGAAACGCUUUGCUAAUGUGGAAACAGAGCCACUCUUCUACAUGGCCACUCUACUCGACGCCAGAUACAAAGAUGGUUUCUUCACCAAGUCAGCCCACCUGACGCUUGCCAAAGACCACCUCAUCCAGGAGGUGGCAAAGAAGACGGAGGAGAGGAGGGCCACCACCAGCAAAGAGCCAGAGGCAGCAGAGCCAGAUGAACAUGGAAGAAGGCAGAGGUGUUGGUCACCUCCAACUCCACCUCUUCCUCCACCACGUCUGACAGAGGCAGAGGAGCUGGUCCUGAGUCAGGUCACUGAGUGA